CUUGUCUUCUAGGAUUGCCAUUUAACCCAUGAGCAUAUAUAACGGCUAGUUUUUCCUGUUUGCUUCGGCCCCAAUUAACCUUCGGUCAACUAUCGGUCAACUUAGAAUUCCUUUAUAUACCCGUUACCCUCCUCUCUCGCUUUUCACUCCUUCACUGUUUGUUUCUUCAAUUUCGUUGUUCCCAUUGUUGUUUUCUUUCAGAGUUGAAUUAACUAAUGGCUCCUCCUCAAUUAAAGUCCAAGAAACCCAAGAAGAUGAAGAUGAAUAUGAAGUCCAAGAAACCCCAGAAGGUUCUUAAAAUCGACGCCAAUGGUGGCUCUGUUCUGAAACCCGCCUUGGCCAGGAGAAUGUCCACUCUGAAGAAAAUGGCCAGCGAACUCUCGAUAUUGUGCGACGUUGCCGUCUGCGUGGUCGCUGUUGGGGCCGACAGCGAAAUCGAGACUUGGCCGGAAAACCAACAAGAUGCGAAAUCAAUUCUUCUCAAACACAAGAAUCUAGGGAAAUUGGGAAAGAAAAUUGGAAAGGGUUCAUUCUCGGGCGGAAAGGGUACUGAUUACAGUUUCUUGGACACCAUGUUAGAGGGUUUGAAUGAGAGAAUUGGAGUUGUGAUGAUGAGGGAUGGUGGUACCAAAACUAGAACAACUAGUACCUGCAGUUUCAUGGAAUUCUACGAGAAUAUCAUGGGGACUAGUGUGCUACCAGAUCCACCAGAUCAACAACAAUCAAUGUUGCUUGUUGAUCAAGUUCCUCAUCACCAACAAGAAGAUUAUUGCACCACAAAUUCGGAUGGUUUCUAUUUGGAUGAUCUUCAUAUUGCUGCUGCUGCACCAACUCUGAGCAACAUUGAUGAUUAUGUGAGUUGGCUAUUGGAUGAUCAUAAUGAUAUUGGUUUGAUGGAAGAUUAUAUCCAAUUUGGUGAUAGUGACUUGGCCCCUCUCCCUCUUGAAUCACAAGAGCAGCAGAUGCCUUUGUUGCAGCCAGCUCAGAUGGAUACUAAUAAUUCUGAUUAUCUUAGUUGGCUGUUGGGUGGUGGUGAUAUUGGUUUGAUGGAAGAUUAUAUCCAAUUUUGUGAUAGCGACUUGGCCUCUCCUCUAGACUCACAGCAGCAGCAGCCUUCUUCAUUGCAGCUACCUUAGCCUACUUACUAGUUGGCUUCGAAUAAUCAGAAUUCAAGAAAUCUUGUUUUUCUCAUAUAUUUUUAGUGUUUAUUCAUUAGAGGGCAAACCUCAGUUUCAAUGUUUAUCAAGUUGAAACUCGAGCUUUUGUAUUCUCUGCACUAC